CGCGCAUGACAGCCGUUGUAAAAAAAACUCAAGACGACAGUAAAUAAUACCAAAGAGAAGAAGCAGACACUCCGUCAACAAAUACAUGUACCUGUCAGACACCGCAGAACGGGGACUCAUGAUGAUUCAACAGUGCGCAGAGCUCGAUAUAUGUACAAGCAUGCUGUUGCCCCCUCAGUAAGCGUGUGCAGGUGAAACAAACACUGAAAUCUGGACCGUUCCACUCUUCCACCUGGAAGCCUCUUCACCGCCUCGGCUCUUAACGUAUGCGAUUACAUGAAGAGGGGCGAGAAACCCGAGGGAUACAGACAGAUGCGACCCAAGACGUUCCCUGCGAGCAACUACAGUGGCAACAGUCAACAGAUGCUGCAGGAGAUCCGAGAGAGCCUGAGGAACCUCUCCCGGCCCUCGGAUGCUGCCAAGGCCGACGGGAGCGCCGGGAAGGGGCCGCCGGACGACCCCAGGCAACAGGGGCGCAGCACCAACCCCAGGAACCCGCACCACUACCGAGCCCUGCAGGAGAUCCGCAGAUCACUCAUGCCCUUCGCUUUCAAUGAGACUAGCUCCAGUGGACACAGCGCAGACAUCAACAAGCACAUGUUGCAGGUGCUGCAGGACGCCGGCUUUGAUGAGGAGAUGGUGGUCCGUGCGCUAAAGCAGACGAACAGCCGGAGCGUGGAGGCAGCCAUCGAGUACAUCAGUCGGAUGAACUUCCAGGAGCCUGCGAGGGAGCAGAUCACAGCCGCCGCCGCGCGUCCUGGGAACGCGGGGAUAAAGCAAACGGCUCCAUCCCAAAUUCAACAGACAGUGUUGCGGCGCCAAAGCUGGAAGGGUUCAAAGGAAUCACUGGCCCCACAGCGCCACAGUGCUCUAGUAAUGACCGAUGGCAUGAUUUACCGUCCCAGCAGCCCUGGACCUCAAACUGACCUCUCACGGCCUGCUACCUUUCCUCAAAACCUUUCUGCUGCAGCCAGCGGCCAACGAGUGAACCCUCGGCAGGUGCGUAGCGUCACUCCUCCUCCCUCCUCUUGGGACUCCAAUCCCUCAACCAAGCGGUAUUCUGGGAACUUGGAUUACCUGGUGCCCCGGAUCUCUCCUGUGCCUCAGGGGCCCCGACCCGACGGCUACAUAAACCCCCCGCCCCAGAAUCAACGAGGACUCAGUCCAGUGCCUGUGGGUCGGCAGCCCAUCAUCAUGCAAAACUCCGGGAACAACAAGUUCACCUUCCCUCCAUCCUGGCCUCAGAAUGGCGCCAUGCAAGGGGAAUACAUGGGCAUUAAUAACAGGCAGCCGCCACCUCCUCCAUAUCCAAUGCACCAGUCCAACAGGCAGAGUCCCACGGCCCAGCAGAUGCAAUCCAGCGCGCUCUCCACACCCUCAAAUGGAAACAACCUCCCCUCAAGCAUGCUGGUGCCCAACCGCAAUAGCCACAACCUUGAUAUGUACAACCUUGGAGGGCUUCCCCAAGUCAGACCUCAGACUUCGCCCAAUCAGGACGCUCCUCCAUCAUGGCCCCACAGCGCACCAGGCCGCUCCAACUCCUUCACCAGCGGGCGUCAGUGCACCUCCGUGCCCAACUCUCAGCCCUCCGCCACGACCGUCACCACCAUCACACAGGCGCCCGUCCUGCAGCCGGUGAAGAGCAUGCGUGUGCAGAAGCCAGAGCUGCACACAGCCGUCGCCCCUACGCAGCCGCCGCCCUGGCAUCAUCAGCCGCCCGCUGCGUAUCAGGAGCCAAACGCAGAAGUGCCCAGCUACCAGGGCCCGCCGCCUCCCUAUCCCAAACACCUGCUUCAGCAGCAGCAGCCGCCGCCUCCAGGGUACGACCCAACGCCCAAACCCAGCAGCAGGGAGGAGGACGGGGUGGAGCACGACACCGACACGGACAGCAGCUGCUCCGGCGAGAAGAGUCCCGAGGCCUCGGAGGAGCGCGAGAAGAAGCUCAUCACCACCUCUCCCGUGCCGGUGCGCCGACUCAAGCGGGACGAGGAACGCAAAGGGGAAAGCAGAGUUCCCAUGUACUCGCCGCAGGCUUUCAAGUUCUUCAUGGAGCAGCACGUGGAGAACGUCCUGAAGAACCACCAGCAGAGACACCGAAGGAAGAAGCAGCUGGAGAGCGAGAUGCAGCGGGUGGGGCUUUCGGGCGACGCACAGGAACAGAUGCGCAUGAUGCUGUCCCAGAAGGAAUCCAACUACAUCCGCCUCAAACGCGCCAAAAUGGACAAAUCCAUGUUUGAUAAGAUCAAGACUCUGGGAAUUGGGGCGUUUGGAGAAGUGUGUUUGGCUCGGAAAGUGGACACGGGAGCGCUGUACGCCAUGAAGACCCUCCGUAAAAAAGACGUCCUGUUGAGAAACCAGGUGGCCCAUGUGAAAGCUGAGCGGGACAUUCUCGCUGAAGCAGAUAAUGAGUGGGUCGUCCGCUUGUACUACUCCUUCCAGGAUAAAGAUAACUUGUAUUUUGUCAUGGACUACAUCCCUGGCGGGGACAUGAUGAGCCUUCUGAUCAGAAUGGGCAUUUUCCAAGAGGACUUGGCUCAGUUUUACAUCGCAGAGCUCACCUGUGCUGUGGAAAGCGUCCACAAAAUGGGCUUUAUCCAUCGAGACAUCAAACCCGACAACAUCCUGAUUGAUCGUGAUGGACACAUCAAACUGACUGACUUUGGCCUGUGCACGGGCUUCCGGUGGACUCACGACUCCAAAUACUACCAAAGCGGGGAUCAUGUGCGGCAGGACAGCAUGGACUUCAGUAAGGACUGGGAAGAUCCCGCGAGCUGCCGCUGUGGGGAUCGACUGAAGCCGCUGGAGCGCAGGGCCGCUCGACAGCAUCAGCGCUGCUUGGCUCACUCGCUGGUGGGCACGCCCAAUUACAUCGCCCCCGAGGUCCUGCUGCGCACAGGUUACACGCAGCUCUGUGAUUGGUGGAGUGUGGGUGUUAUCCUCUAUGAGAUGUUAGUCGGUCAGCCUCCUUUUCUGGCAACAACUCCUCUCGAGACCCAGAUGAAGGUGAUAAACUGGCAGACGUCGCUCCACAUCCCGCUGCAGGCCAAGCUGAGUCCCGAGGCCACCGCCCUGAUCCUGAAGCUCUGCCGCGGCCCGGACGACCGGCUCGGGAAAGACGGAGCCGACGAGAUCAAAGCCCAGCCUUUCUUCAAGAGCAUCGACUUCUCCACGGAUCUGCGGCAGCAACACCGCGCGCCUUACAUCCCUAAAAUCACACACUGCACCGACACCUCCAACUUUGACCCCGUGGACCCUGACAAGCUCUGGAGCGACGACGCCGACAGCAACCACAACGACACACUCAACCGCUGGUUCAAGAACGGCAAGCACCCGGAGCACGCCUUCUACGAGUUCACCUUCCGCCGCUUCUUCGACGACAACGGCCACCCGUACAGCUGCCCCAAGCCCAUCGAGUGCGAGGAGUACGAGGAGGACGAGCCCGUCGACCCGUCCAAACAGAGCCGGGACCUUGUGUAUGUUUAGUGUGUGUGUGUGGAGGGGGGGAGGGGAUCUCACUAAACCGCUCACACAAAUCAAAAGCAGUUAUAUUUUGCAUGAACACAAAUGCACAUUGUGAUAAGAACAUUUAAAACCUCUAUUUAAAAAA